CUCGCUCGCUCGCUCGGAUCAGAAGAAUAUUUUCUCUGGAAAUUCCAGUUUAUCUUUCGCUGCUUCGAAGGUCGAAUUUGAUUUGGAUUUUGAGCUUUUUAUUUGUUUUCUCGGAUCAUCAAUGGCGACCGUUUCGUCUUCUCCUCCUCCGUCCUCGGCUUCUCCGAGCAAAGAGUCGCAGGCGAAGGACCUCGAACCGAAUCGGCAAGAGGUGGAAAAGGAAACCAAGGAGGAGGUCAUGUACAAGGCCAAGACGAUUCAGUUCCUCGGACGAACAACGCCUAUCAUUCUCCAGAACGAGAAUGGACCUUGUCCUCUCCUAGCAAUCUGUAAUGUUCUUCUCCUGAGGAACAACUUGAAUCUAAAUCCUGACUGUUCUGAAGUUUCUCAAGAGAGACUGCUGUCUCUUGUGGCUGAAAGACUGAUUGAUUCCAAUAGUAAUGUUGAUAACAAAGAUAAAGAAUAUAUUGAGAACCAGCAACAGAAUGUUGCUGAUGCCAUUGAUCAUCUUGAACGCCUUGCGACUGGAAUUGAUGUCAAUAUAAAAUUCAGGAGGAUUGAUGAUUUUGAGUUUACACCGGAGUGUGCUAUAUUUGAUUUACUUGACAUUCCCUUAUAUCAUGGAUGGAUAGUUGAUCCGCAGGAUAUUGAAACCGCUAAUGCGAUAGGUUGCAAGUCUUAUAACGCUUUAAUGAGUGAGCUUGUUGCCUUGGAGCCACAAAAUGGAGCGUCUCAAUGUGACCAGAAUCCUGUUGAAGAUUCAGUUGAUUUUGUUGCUGCGACAACUGCAACACUCGGGGUUCCUUCACCAUGUCUUUCAAAAACCAGAUCUUUUGAAGAUUCUCCACCUGCGGCUGCAGAGCAUCGUAAACUUAGAAAAGGUGAUACUGAAGAAGGAGCAGAGUUGUUGAGAGCCUUGCAAUUGUCAGAGAAGGAAGGGCCUUCUUCAAUCCAUGAUGCUUAUGGAGGAGACUCCAGGAAUGGAGUAUCCGUGUUUGCACUUUCAGAUGAAAUAAAAAAAUCUGAAGUUCUGCUUGUAGAUGGUCAUGCUAACACCCAUUGUGGUAAUAUCGGUCAGCUUGGACAGCCCGAAUCUGGUGACAACAAUACAUCAGGGAAUUGUGGAAAUAAGAUUGAUGUGGGCGAAGAGGUAUGUCUGGCCUCGUCGACCACUGAAAGCAGGGCAGCAGCUCCUGACCAUGAUCAGAUAUCUUAUAAGAAGUCUGGAGAUGAGACAAUUAGUGAUGGAGGGACUGAGAAGAGCAGUGAAAGCACCCCUGUGGAUGUAGCAACUUCUGAGAUGCUCUCUGUGGAGAAGACUAAUCUUGAGUCAACCACAACUCUCAAUAGUGAUGUGAUUCUGCCCAAGUCCGAGGAUGGUAGUUCUCUAAAUCCAGUUGCAGCUUCGGAUUUUAGUCACAGAUCCCAGAGUGAUGAUGUACCCAGUGCUUUUAUAAGUGAAGCUGCCAGUGAGCCCAUGUAUGAAGGUGAGGAAUGUGUUAACUCAGGGGCUGCAGUUUGUGAAGACAAAGAGCCUGUUUAUGAAGGUGAGUCACUUCUUGGAAGAAAAGCCGAGAAGAGCGAUGCUGAUCAUCCUUGUUCUGAAGGAUCCGCUGCUGAUGGCCUCACUCCAGCAGAAGGGUAUCUGAUCAGGAACUUCUUGGAAAACAAUGCUAGUCAAUUAACCUUUUGCGGACUCUUCUGUUUGCAAGAAGGGCUUAAAGAACGUGAACUUUGUGUCUUCUUCCGCAAUAACCAUUUCAGCUCCAUGUUCAAGUAUGAAGGUGAACUUUAUCUGCUGGCUACAGAUCAAGGUUAUCUGAAUCAGCCAGACCUGGUCUGGGAAAAGCUGAAUGAGGUUAAUGGUGACACUGUCUUCAUGACCAGUAACUUCAAGGUCUUCAAGAUGGACAGUGGCUCAGGUGGUGCAUGGAACGAGCAAAACGUUGUCUCCAGUACUGCUGAUUAUCUUGCCAGCAUCAACAGUGCAUCAGAAGCAGGUUUGAAUAUCAACCCCGAUCUCCAACUGGCGAUAGCUUUGCAGCAGCAAGAGUUUGAGCAGCAGAGCCCGCGUAGUAACACACCCUCGCAACCAACAGACAUCGGUGCUUCACGCCUGAUCACGGGCCCGCAGGUACCAAGAAGUAGCCACAGGCCUUCUUCCUCCACGGCGAAGCCAGAUGGGAAAUCUUCCAAAGACUCCAAGUGUACAGUUAUGUAAAUCCUCUACUCAGCUGGAUAUUUCCCUUCUGUAUAUUCAUCCCCUUCCUUUUUUGAAUUUCCUCUUCUUUUUUUGCAUUUCAGCUGAUCUUUUUUUUUGUCUUUCUGAGUUUUGUUAGUCUUAUAACCAUCUUUGAUUAUAAAAAAAAAACGUACUAGAAACCAUCAUAAAAAAUUCUCUUCCCUGCUCA